GUCCGUUUGCGUUCUCCAGAGCAGCUGAACUUCACUGAAGCCGAUCUUCAGCGAUAUUGGAAACUGAUCAAACUUGGGAUGGCACCCACUACGGAGUCGAGACUGAAUGUGGAGGCUUUGAGUAAAAGAGAUGUUUUGCUUCUCUUCAGUGUAUUGGAAGGAGAGCUGGAAGCUCGAGACUUUGUCAUACAGGCACUUAAGGCCCAGCACAGAGAUGCCUUCAUGUGGGAGCGAUAUGGAAAAUACAGCCUGAGCGAUCCAUUUCUGGCCCUGCAGAGGGAUAGCGAGAUCCACCAGAACUCGGGUCAUGGAGGAGGAGUUUCGGGAAGAUCGGCGGCACGCUCGGACCCUCUGGCGGUGCUGAAGCUGGUGGUAGGACACUGCAGAAGGAUGCAAGAGAAGAUGCUGAAACAGCUGGCAGCUGCAGAGAGCAGACAUAGGAAGGUCAUUGCUGAUCUAGAGGAGGAGAAGAGAAAGCAUGCUGAAGAUACUGCUGAAGGAGAUGACGUUACAUACAUUCUCGAGAAGGAGAGAGAGCGCCUCCUACAGCAGUUGGAGUUUGAGAAGGCAAAGACGUCUCGUAUCGAGAGGGAGAACAAACGACUGCACGAUCAGUUAGAAGACCAGCGCGUCCAGCAUAAACAUCUCGUGACGGCACUGAGUCGAGAAUGCAAACGGUCCGGCUCCCGCGCCCACGAGGAGUCCCAGCGCGCCACCGAAAUCUGCCAUCGCGCCACCCUCGCCAAUCAGGCUCUGAAGGUGGAGUUAGAGGAAGAGAAGAAGCGGGCUAUGCAAAUGGAAGCGAGGAGAGAGGAGCUACUGGCCGAGUUUGACACGGAGCGAGAGCAGCUCAGUCUGAGGUUACGUAAAGAGGAGGCACGCUCCAGGGAGCUGCAGGAGGAGGUGGAGAGGUUGAGGAGAGAGAUGAGCGGUGAAGCUUUAGAAACGGGUGAGUGGGAAGCGAAUAAGAUGAACGGAAACCACGUGCCUACAGAAGAUGCUGAGAAGCAGAGAAUUGAGGACUUACUUGAAAACCAAUUGACCAAUGGGAGCUCUCCGUCCAAACUGCAAACCCCUUCUAACAACAACACAGAGAUGUGUUCAGUACAAAGUCUUUUAUCAAUGCAAUCCACAGACACGCCUAGCCUCCAAGCUGCGUACCAAGCAGGCAUCCACCAACGCUUUCAUGCAACACGGCACAAAUUUCAAGGCACCCUUGAUCAAGACACCCAGGUCGCUGCUUCUCCUCCCCACGGUGCACGUGAGCUCUCUCCCUGCGCCGCCCAUGCGCAAGAUCUGCCAGACGUCAGUGGUGUGUCUUCUAAACAUGCGGCUCGCAAUGCGGUCACACAAGCCCUGAGUCGUCUGGGUGCUCACCAGGGUUCUGGCAAACCAACUGCACCCAACAGUUCCCCCUUUGGCAUGGAUUACCGCACUUUAUCCGGUGCGAUGUCUCCGACUACGACUAUCAGGUCUCCAACCAGUCCCAGAGCAGAAAGAGGGACCCCGCCCCCAAUCCCCCCCAAGAAGCCUGGCCUCGCCGAGACUCCGCCCUCUCCGGCCACUCUUCGAGCCGCUCGCUUGGCUCAAAUGUCGCCCGGAUGCGGACGUAGCAGCAGCCACGAGAGCAGCAAUGAACCAGACCUUGUGCUGUCAUCUAGUGGCUAACAAGAAUAAAUGUGACAUAAAUUUGACCAUGAAUAUUAUUACGUCAAACACUGUCUAUCUUUUUCGUAAAGGGACUUUUUUUUGUGAAAUCCCUGCCUGUGAAAUCCAGGUUGAAGUCUCAGACUAGGAGAGACUCAGAGAUUAGGAGCAUUAAAGUUUGAUUUCAAUCAUUGGCAUGAUCUUACUCAGUCAAUGUUAAAGAUAUAAAGGUUAUAUUUUCACUGCAUAUUCUUUACAUUAUGUAGGAUGAUUUAAUGGAGAUACAGUAAUCACAAAAAAUGACAGGAUCAUAUAUCUGUUAUCUUAUGGGUGUUUGCAUUAUAUAAUCAAAUGCAAGAUGCAUGAAUUAAAAUACUGUACAUUAUGUUUGUAUUUUACCUCACCCUGUAUAAGAAAAUCACUUGUUUAUUUGCUACCAGUUUCUAUAAAUAUUAGUUUAUAUAUUUCUAAAAAAAAUGUAUAUAUACAGUACAUGAUAAUGUGCUAUUUUUAUUUUACUUUUUAUUAUUUUACUUCACCCAGUCAUCUAGUUUAUACACUGUACUGUAUAUUUAACAGCAUGUGGGAAUCAUUUGCUUUUUCACAAAGCAGUUUUUGUAUAUCUAAAGGUACUGAAGAUUUACCCUAAACAUUCACUUAGCCAGAAUUAUAUAUAUUCCAAUGAUAUUCUGUUAUGUUUUUCUUAUAUAAAUGUUAAUAUCGGAGUAAUUUUACCUUUUUUUUUUUUUUUUUUUGCGCAAAAUAUUGCACUUAUACAGUCAAUUUAAUUCCCAUACACUGCAAAAAAUGACUUUCUUACUUAGUAUUUUUGUCUUGUUUUCAGUAAAAAUAUCUAAAAAUUCUUAAAUUAAGAUGCAUUUUCUUGAUGAGCAAAAUGACCUAAGAAAAUAAGUCUGUAUAUUUUUUGUCUUAGACUAAUUUAAGUAAAUUUGUGCUUUAAAAAAGCAAAAAUAACUGCUAAUGGGGGUGAGAAAAAAAAUCUAAAAAUACGUUUUCUUUUUUCUUAAACACUUAAUUUAAGCAAAAUUUUCUCACCCCAUUGAUCCCCAUUUCUCACCCCACUCAUCUUGAUUUAAGAAUUUUUAGAUAUUUGUUCUGAAAAAAAGACAUUUUUUCAAGAAAAAAAAUUCUUAGUAUUUUUGUCUUGUUUUCUGUAAAAAUAUCUAAAAAUUCUUAAAUUAAGAUGCUUUUUCUUGAUGAGCAAAAUGACCCAAGAUAAUGAGUCUAGUUUUUAGACCAAAAUAUAAAAUUUAAGUGAUUUUGUGCAUAAAAAAAUAUCUGCCAAUGCGGUAAGCAAAAAAAUUGUAAAAAGUUUUCACUAAACACUAAAUUCAAGAAAAAUGUGCUUACCCCAUUGGCAGAUUUUUUUGCUUGUUUUACGCACAAAAUCACUUAAAUUUGAUUGAACUUAUUCUCUUGGGUCGUUUUUAGAUAUUUCUACUGAAAACAAGACAAAAAUACUAAGAAAUGUUUUUCUUAAAUCAUUUUUUUCAGUGUACAGUCAAUUUAAUUCCCAUACACUGCAAAAAUUACUUUCUUAGUAUUUUUGUAUUGUUUUUAGUAAAAAUACCUAAAAAUUCUUUAAUUAAGAUGCAUUUUUUUGAUGAGCAAAAUGACCUAAGAAAAUAAGUCUAGUUCAUAGGCAAAAAUAUACAAUUUAAGUAAAUUUGUGCUUAAAACAAGCAAAUCUAAAAAUAAGUUUUCUUUUUUCUUAAACACUUCAUUUACACAAACAUUUCUCACCCCAUUGGCAGAUAAUUUUACUUGUUUUUAGCACAAAUUUACUUAUAUUUUAUACUUUUUUUCUUAGGUCAUUUUGCUCAUCAAGAAAAUACAUCUUGAUUUAAGAAUUUUUAGAUAGUUCUACUGAAAACAAGACAAAAAUACUAAAUAAGAAAAUCAUUUUUUGCAAUGUAGUCCAGAUUGCAUAUCUGUACUCAUCAAAUCCAGCCAGCAGGGGGCGUAAAGUUACUGUAAAGUUACAGUUGCAUCUACAGAUCUUCAGAACAGAAUAUUAGCAUACUACCCACUACAUACUUUGCAGUAUACACUUAUAUUUGACAAAUAAAGACAUCAUUGCCUUGAUUUUGCUGUAUAGAUGUCUUUAUACAAGCGCGGCAUUCAUCGACUCAAGUACACGAGGGAAAGGUUAAAAUGAAUAUGCUAUAAUUUAAAGCGUGUGAAAAAUGUGUACAUCACAGCCACCCAUGUGAGACUAACAGGAGCGAGGAUCACAGUUUAACCAGCCAGGAGCCUCUCCUUAAAUCCUAAAUCCCCUCUUUAUGUGUGUGUGCGUGUAUGCGUGCGAGUGUGUGUGGCCCGGGAAACAGAGAG